UACUUUUGUAUAGCCUGAUAAUCGCUUUAGCCAAAGAGAGAUAAGAUUGGUGUAAAACUAUUUGUCGUUUAACUAACUGUUGAUAGCCGCUAUCGCAAUAAGCAAACAAGGAAGUGAUAUAUAUAGAAUGUGACAACAAAAUGGCGACUGGAGGGCGUUUAACACGCUCAAGGAUUAACGCUUCUGAUGAAUUUAUUGACUACGCUUGUUCUCCGUGUACGAAGAAAAAUAGGAAAAGCGAAGCUGUGAAAUAUUGUGUGGAAUGUCAGGAGUACUUGUGUACAUCUUGUGUGGAAAGUCACAAUAGUUUCUCAGCUCUUUCGGGCCAUUCUUUACUGGGAAGGUCACAAUUUGGAACUUCAGGUGUGAUAGGUGCCAGAAAUCUACCGUCGGUGCCGACAGAUAGAUGUAAAGUCCAUACAACAAAGCUGGUUGAUAUGUACUGCGCAAACCACGACACUGUCGGAUGUUCUGUUUGUUUCAACAUCAAUCACAAGAAAUGUGAGGACAUACACUACAUAUCUGACUAUGUGCAGAAAGAGAACCCGCGAUCACAGUUUUCACGUUUACAGAGUCAACUAAAUACGACAAUCUUGAAAAUGGAAACACUUGCGAAACAACAACAGCAACUUGAAGUCGAACUACAGAAGAAGAAGGAUAAUUAUCUUGACGAAAUCCAAGCAUUCAGAAUAGAUAUUAACAAAACUAUUGAUCAGUUGGAGCAAGCUACUAUCAAAGAUUUGGAUUGUCAGUUCAAUGUGUUAGACCAGAUGUUCGAAAACGAAAAAAAGUCCAUUCAGAAAACGCUCGAUGACCUGAGAAAACAGAAAUUAUCUAUAGAGAUUUCGGACGCGAAUACAUCACAGCAGUUUGUCAGCUUGAAACUCUGUCAAACAGAAAUUACAGACGCGGAGAAUUUUAUAUCUGGUGGAUCACUGAGUAUAGACAAGAAUAGUAUACGAUUUGAAAGAAACUCCGAAAUCUUAGAUUUUAUGCAGUCUCUGCAUUCACUACAGAAGCCUCAGCAUCAAACGACCGAACAGCGAGUACUUCCACAGAGUAAAAAGCAAUCAUUAUACCAAGUAAAAACCGAAGAUUCCUUUAAUAUUAGGUUGCCGAAAGGCCAACAGAUAUGUGACAUUUGGUCACUGUGUUUGCUUUACUCUGGUGACGUACUUCUAGCCGAUAACGCAAACAAAGUACUGAAGCUUGUAGAUGGUGUAACGUACAAGAUUACGAAGUCAAUUAGGAUGCCCGAGGAACCACAUUAUGUCAAUACUGUAAAUACUGAAGAAGCCAUUGUCUGCCUGAAAGGUUAUAGUCUGCAGUUUGUGUCUACUCGAGAUCAGCUUAUACUAACCCGCAGGUUAAUGAUAGAUCAUUGUUGUUUAGGUGUUUGUGGUAUUGCCUGUAACAUAUUCGUUACUAGUGGAAAAGAAAGGAAUAUUUUUAAGUAUGACAUGAAUGGAACACUUCUGAAAAAAAUUACUGGUGAAAACAUUUUUUCCUGGAAUCGUGAUAUUUCAGGAAGUGAAGACAAGAAAGCGAUAUAUGUGACUGAUUGUGACAAAGGACUGAUAAAAAUGGACUUGGAAGGUAAUAUCAUUUGGAAAAUUUCGGGAAAAGGUUUAAAAAAUGCAUUUGGCUUAUGUACAGAUGGGCUUGGCAACGUGUUUGUUGCUGAUAAUGGCUCAAAUACUGUCGGACAAGUAACCUAUGAUGGGAAGUACCUUGGCAGUGUAGUAACAGGAGCUAGCUGUGUGAAGAGAACAAAUGGAGUGUGCUUUAGCAGCAAGGAAUCGAAAUUGUUUGUGUCUAGAAGCUUUUGUAACGACAUUUAUGUGUAUUCUCUUGAAUAGGUAUUUUUUAAAAGACAUCUGUUUAUAAUGGUUUAAGUUUGUUGAAAAAAAUGACUAGGAUGAUUCAAUGGUUAAUGCAGACACACAUAAAGCUCGAUAUAAAGUAUGUAAAACUAUUUGACUCCUAUUACUUUGCUCGAAAAUAAGACUCACAGGCAAGAGGAAAAAAACUGCUCUACAAAUGUUUCAUCCUUAUGCUUGAGGUGACUGGAUCUACAAAAUAACAUCUUAUGGCAUUUGUACUUGUGAACUAAAGCAGCGGUCUGCUUCAGAGAAAACAAACGUAUAGCAAGGAGAUCCAGGAUCACUUUACAAUGUUUCAAAGGAACUUAUGAUUGAAUGUGUUUGUUUAGCCUUGGCGUUUGGUAACAUUUGUCCUUAUUUUCAUAGUUAUAUUCAAAAUAGUUAGUGUUACUGGAAUUAUUUCUGAUAUACCGGUAUUGUUUAUUCAUUCAACAAAUAAUUACGUGUACGGUAAACAUUUUUUCGGCGACGCCGUCUGAAUUCGUUUUCGUUACCUAUGCCACGUGACUUCAGUUUGCAAAUCAAACUACUUGAUAUCGCAUUAUAGAUAAUUUAUCAAAAUGGAAGAUUUAUGCAACACACUGCCUGAUUGGACGAGAGUGUCAAUUUCUUUCACUCUGUUGAUUGUGCUACGCUGAGUGAAAUGUAGACAAAGCGUUUAUCCUAAACGACGCUGUUCACAGUUUUAAAGCUAACUUUGGCUCAGUAUAUUUAGCAAGAAUAUUGAUAUAUCUCAAAAUGAUAAGUAAGUUUAAUAAAUAUGAUAAAAACCUGUUCAAAUACCAACAUAUAUCAAAUUAAAGAAAGAGCUGAAUACGGUCUGCGUAUCACAUGAAUAAGGGUGUGAUAAGAGUCUUUUAUGUAGAGAAGUGCUUUUUAAAAGAUUUUCCUUGUUACAAUUGUCGUCUGUAUAUGAAAAGGUUUCUUGCUUUUGUGACUUAUUCAGAUUGCAUAUUAAAAUGAGUACUUGUUUGCUUUGAUAUAUUUGUAAUAAAUUAUUUAACUGAUUUAUUAUAUAUGAAUAUUUUUCUUUAGUAAGGUAUGCAAUUAUUGAACUCGGUUGAAAUCUGUUUUAUUAUAUAUAUGCUAUAUAAUGACUGAAUCUCAUUACACUGAAAUGAAGGUACGCUGCAUACAGUUUAUCUAUGUGAUAUGACAACGGUCAAACUUUGCUUAUGAAACAGAAAUAUUGAAAUAAUUACAAUUGUAUGUUUUGCUUGCCCUUCACUUUCUUAUAGGUGUGACGUCAUUGUCCAAAGAUUCAUGAAUAGCGGAUAUGCUAUUAGUUAAAGCGGGAUCAGUUGGCCUAUUUUAUAAAUAAAUAAAAAUAAUAAAUGAAAAAAUCUUUUAAUUGAUUUUUUUCUCAUGUAUUCUAAUCAAACUUGAUUUGUAGCAUCUUUAUUAGGCCCGCAGCCAACUUUGUUCAGCUGGGACAUUCGACCCCUUUUAGGGGCUGCUAGAGCUAAAACUAGAAAUGCCUUUAUACAGCGUCUCAUGAACAGCUUGGUGGAUCUUUGUCAUACUUGGUCUGCAGCAUCAUUAUAAGGUCCUCUUCCAAAUUUAUUUAUAUAGGAACUUGGGCCCUAUUAGGGACCACUAUAGCUAAAAGUAGAUAUGCCUUUCUUCGCAUUAACAACUAAAAUGUAAUGGAUUUUUAUCAAACUCGAUGUGUAACAACAUCGUAAGGUCUCCUGCUACUUUGUUACAAAUGGGGAUAGGGUCCAAUUUAGCUAAAACUAUAAACACGUUUAAUGACCUCUUUUCAUGAACCGCUUCAUGAAUCUUCAUCAAACCACUGCUGUAAUUAUUCGUCUAAGGAUAAACGAAACAAAAUUGCAACCCUACGAAACCUUUGAGAAAAAUUAAAAGAGAACCAUUUAAAUUGAUUUAAUCAUAUUUUAUUGCUCUUUGAUAUAUUAUUACAAUUACAAUUCAAACAUACAUAAUCAAAGGGCAAAAGGGUCGGACAACAAGUUUUGACAACAUUAGAGACUGUCCUUCCCUUAACCUGUAGUUAGAAAAAACGAACACAAAAAAAAACCCAUUUAAUUUGUUAAAGUGCGGUGUUUAGUUUUGCAAUUUGAAAAAUGUUAGAUGAAAGAUGAAUGUUAGAUGAAAAAUUCAUAAACUUCUUUCCUUAUUACAAUUCGCCGACCAUCAUUUUUAAAGAUAUUUCUUGUUAUAAUAUAUUUCUGAUUAAGGUUAUUUAUUUUAUAACUGAAUGAGACGCCUACGAAAACUGCAUGUGUUUAAAAGUGUGUAGCACAAACGAGAAUAGAAUAUGAGGCUGUUAGUAUACAAAAAUGUAUUUUAUUGAAAGAAACUGUGUUUCCAUUAUAUAUAUUAAGUUAUGUUCGAGACUGUAAAUAUUAAUUGGGUUUUUGACCAACAGAAAGUAAAUGGUUUAGUUUAUAGCGCUGUGCUAUAAAAAAAUAAAAAAAUAAAGUAAAAGAAAUGAUUCUCAAGUGGUGCAAAUAUCCCAUCUGACUGUGCGAUAUAUACUGUAUCAUUUUUAUACAUACUCAGUUCAAAGCCUUGACAAACACAACUUGUUGCGCGGUUGAUAAAAGACUGAAAGGGUAAGGCCGCCUACUAAAUUUACUUGCCCCUCACUGGUAUGGGUUCGAAACCUCACUUUCUUUAUGUGUGCAAGCUAUCCAACAGCCUUGCUGGCUAACAGAAGGUCGUUGAUUCUGCCCUUGACUUAGAUAAUAUCUGGAGUGCCACUUGGGGUGUUCCUCCAUCAUCAAAAGGUGGAAAUUGACAACAGACCUAUAUAGUUUCAGUGUGACUAUACACCAUACCAAUAAUAAAGAAACAUUAUGCGACACCAGCAUAUGGAAACAACAAUAACGAUUUUAGCUUAAACGUAAUGCUCUAUCUGUACACUGAUCAAAUAGAUUGUUUUGUAAACAAACUUGCUACAUAAAUGUCAAAGGAUAGGGUAUUCUUUUAACUAAAGUAGUGCAUUUCACAUCAAAUGUCAUUAAGAGAAGAAGUCUAAUAAGACAUGCCUUGUGUUCUGAUUAUAUAUGUUAAAGUAUGUAUGUAAACAUAUCACCGUUCAAAAACGUAUAUUGCUGGGCAUAAAUAUUUUUAAAUCAAAAAGAUGUCUUCUUUUCCUUCAAAUCUAAGUAAAGCUGGAAAUAAAAUGAUUUAAAUCAUUUCUUGUAUUCUUGUAUAUACUAACUAUAAGCCAAUUCUAUAAAAUAUUCUAAAAUAUUAUGCAGUUAUCGUACACAUAUUUAACUAUCCUAAAACUGAAUUGCGGUGAUUUUCUUUGUAUUACAUACUUCAAAAACAAUCUUAUGUGUAAUUAUUAUAAUCUGCUUGUUCCGAUAUAUUAUAUGGUACACGUGAAUAAUGUUUCUAGACAUGAAUUACAUUUCACUACAAUAACGUUUUUGUAUAUAUUAAAAUAACUGUUGGUAAAUCAGUCAUUUCGAGAUUAUCUCAGUAUUUUUUCUUAUAUGUGUUUAGAAGAAAUUUAUCCAUGCUAUCCGUCUAGGGGCCUCCGUGGCCGAGUGGUUAAGGUCGCUGACUUCAAAUCACUUGCCCCUCAUCGAUGUGGGCUCGAGCCUCACUCGGGGCGUUGAAUUCUUCAUGUGAGGAAGCCAUCCAGCUGGCUUACGGAAGGUCGGUGGUUCUACCCAGGUGCCCGCUCGUGAUGAAACAAUGCACGGAGGGGCACCUGGGGUCUUCCUCCACCAUUUAAGCUGGAAAGUCGCCAUAUGACCUAUCAUGUGUCGGUGCGACGUUAAAUCCAAAAAAAAAAAAUGCUAUCCGUCUUGCGUUUUCGUUUCGGUAAGAUUGACAAAUCUGUGGAUAUAGUAUACUGGUGUUAAAAUAAGUAGCCUUUCUUACGUUUCGUUUCGGUAAGAUCGGUAACUUAGUGCUGUUUUUAUAUGUCUAUUUAUGUUAAUGUGUUUACCGUUUGACAAUAUAAAUGUAACGCAAAUGCAUAACUUUCAAUCACAGUUUUCCUUCAAGAAAUGCAGAAUUUAAAGAUGUUUAAUUCCUAAAAUCUGUUGACUUUCUUUUCUUUUCAUAAGAAUGUGAUUACAUAUCUGUAUUAUAUAUAGUUUGAUGUAAUUAACAGAAACAUUGUAACAUAAUUUAAAUCAUUAAUGUUAAAUGAAAAGGUCGUAAAAACUAAUUGUCAGACGUUCUCCAAAUUUAAGUGUUUGUAAUUAUUUAUGUUUUCACUGUUCGUCAUAUAUUUGUGUAUGCUUGUUAUGCCAUGAUAGG